AUUCGAGUCCCCAAAAGGCAUUCCCGCCAGCCAAGCUUGAUGUCGACAGGGAACGAGCUGCUAUGACGAUCUUGCUCAACCCUUUUCGUAUUUUGGCCAAGCCAAUAGAGAACCCGGGGUGCCAUCGCCACUUUCGCUGGUUUAUUCUCCCUCCGCUGUUUACUGAUUCUGUCUUUUGUGUCUAUGUCCCAUAAAUACCGAGUUGGCCCCGUCCCGGAGACUUUGAGGAAGGAUAUUUUCUUCUCGACGCCGCAGACGCCUCAACAGGAAAGAUUUCUCCAAAGCCAAGAUACUUUCUGGCAUAUAUAAAGCUCUUUCCCCAUCGUCGUUUACAGUUUGCAUCGUUGCAGCCUUCAUCGUCAACACCUUCAAGCAAUACUUGCUUCGACCGGAAAACUUUUUCCCAAGAGUUCAAUCCAUCCGAUCAGCAUCAUGCUCUUCAGCCCAUUACUCCCCCCGGAGCUCGAUAUCGCUAUCUUCAAGCUGGUCUCGUUUAAGCCUUUGACGACCCUUCGCGGCGUCAGCAGAGCGCAUAAGAAGUACGCGGAAAGAGAAAUCUUUCGAAGGUUUCGCGGCAAGAGAGAACUGCUGGCGGUCCAAGUAAAUGCGUGGCACUACCAUUGUCACGAUAUCUGGAGAAUCGUCACGCCGCAGGGUGAUGGUCACGAUAUCACCUCGGAUCUGUUUGAGACGGAAGAGGAAGAGACCCUGGCGAUAGGGAAAGCAGCGGAACGGAAGGAGGUUGUACCUACGAGUUUCCGACUACGCUUCUUGCCUAUCAUUCCCCCGCAUAUAUCCCGGCUCGCCGCCCACCUUCGUUCCCCAAGCCUCCAUCUUUUCCACGAAUGCAUGGCUAUCACUACAGCCCCGUACCUCAUCAACGAGCCGGGGUACUUCGAUCCCCAACAACCACCGUCCAACGUCGACUGUUGGGAAUGCGAGCAGAGCCGCAGACUGGACCGAGACCCAGAACCCGACCCGUUCGCAUUCCAGAUGUCCCCGGACAUAGUGCAAUUCGGCCAAAGCCAACAAGCCUGCCGCAUGCUGGACUGCUUUGCCGACAUGCUAUCGCAAGGCAACGCCAUUCUUCAAGCAUACGUUGCCGGUCUCCGCAACCGCGGUUACAAAUUCCCGUCUUGGCUCCUCAGCUACCUCCACCCCGGCAAUAUCUCGCUCCGGCGACAAUGGAACGUCCUCCCGAACGUAUGGUGCGUCGAGAUCUGCGAGCCGCGACGGGUCGAAGUCGCCCGACCCGACAAUAGCCGCAUGUUCUUGAUCCAGCCCCCGCCGGAAACGGCAGCUUUCACGGCGCAAGAGUCGCCCCACAUUGCGGUCUCCGCAUCCGCUCGCACCACCCGCAACAAGCACAUUCCCGCCCACACCAUGCACUACGUUGUGGACGCGCGCGGGGAGAAAGUCGUGGUUGCCGCUGUCAUCAUUGAUCUCGGCUGGGCGGAUCUGUUCAGGUUGCGCAUGAAAGGUCGCUACCUUAACAUGCCCUCCCCGCCUCAUGUAGAUCAGUUUAUGCAUUUACUGGACGCUUACUCGAGGGCUAGAGCCAUAGAACGGUUCGAAGAGUAGUCGCUGCUAGGGGGGAUGUCGGCAUCUCAUGCGAUGGAACGGCAAGCAAUCCCAAAAAGUUAGUGUUUAGGUGCACCAUCGCUUUGUAGUAGUCUAUCCAGCGUAGCUUGUCGUAGUUUCUUUGUGAUGUAGUUACACUGUUGAACAGAGUUCAC